AUGUGGAAAAAUGUGUUUGAAAAAUUCAACUUAAGCUUCAGAAAAUCUAAAAGAUUUAAAAAUACUUAUUCUGACGAUAAACUGGAUGAAAAUGCUAAAUUUACAAAAUGGUUUACCAGAUCAUUGAGGGGACAUCAACACAAGGCUAGAGGACUUUCCGUCCCCUCAAAAGCAGCAUUAUAUGAGAAAGGUGAACAAUCUGAUGAAAUACAUCGUAAAUCGUGCCCAGAGGAAUACCUAGUGAAUAACAGGACAUGGUUUCGUGGCAUGUCACAGGCUCGGUUAUACAGUAGCAUGCAUAAUCGAAAAACUAAACCUGAAUUUGUACGAAAUUCACAACUUCUGUUCGGACCUCAUGAAACAUCACCAAAUGUCAAGUUCGCAAAAGAUGAUAUCAACGUGGAGUCCAUCAAUAGAUUCAGAGAUAUUAAAAUACAAGAGUUGAAAGAAGAACCAGUUAACCGAAUAAAACAGUUGAAGACGGCCAAAACAGGUGUCCAGGUAUCAGCAAUUGAAGAUAAUACUACACAUCCUGAGAUAACAAAAGGUAUGAACGAUGCAGCAACAUCAGUGCCACAAGUAUCAUCUUCGGCUUAUGUUACAGAUGUAGCAACUUCUUCAGAUUCACCAUAUCGUGAUAUUCCAGAAACCACCGAGGUUAUCGAUCAAAGCAGCUUAUUUACCAAUGACAAAGAACAACAAACCGUAACACCUACAACUCCCAUCAUAAAAUGUACAGAUUAUAACGAGGAUGAGCAUUCCAAAUUGUUACCUCCACCUCCACCUCCACCACCUAUUCUCCCACCAUUCUUCACAAGCUCAAACUAUUUAGCUAUAAAUGAUCUUGAAUCCCCAAUGCCAUACAAUAUGAAACCUAAGAAAAUAUUUUCUGCACCAUUCAGGUUGAAAAAGGCUUGCGUGUCACCGCUGAGUAAAAUUCGUUUGAAAGAAAAUUCUGUAUGGGUUCAAAUUGAUGAAAGCAAUUUGUUGAGUGAAGAAUUUGUGCGUCGAUUGCAUAGAAGAUUUCAAAUUAAAGGGAAUAAACCAAUGAUAACAGGCGAAUCAAAUAAAGACUGCAGAAACACUGCAGGUACACAAAAUACGAAAUCUAAUCGAGACUCACUAAUGUCAGACCAGUUAAGUUCAUCUUCAUAUACUCCAAGGAGCAUAGGCCUUAGGUGUCAGUGUUUGAACUCUCGUGCUCAAAUGUUAAAUAUACUACCAUUCAAAGCAGCCCAGGCGAUUGCGAUAGCCAUGGUUUCAGCACAUUUUGAUCCAGAAAACGUGGCUGAAGCUAUAAUCGAAUUAAAAACCUCUGUUCUGGUGAAUCGCAGGAAAUCGCUUUUAUCCAAAUUAACUCUAGAUAGUCUUGAAAACGAUUCAGAUUCUCCAGAAGAUUCAACCACAUACCGUUUACUACCUGAAAAUUUAUUAAUUACACUCAUUAAAUUUAUGCCGGAAAUGGAUGUUAUUCUGAAACUGUCCAACUCACAGAUCGAUAUAUCGGUCCUUACUGAGACAGACAAGCUGUUGUAUCUUAUUUCUCAACUUCGCCACAGACUACCUGCACACUUGCACGCCCUGCGUAUGCUUCUUCGUUUCGAUAUAUUUGCUGAACAAAUAAAAAAGGCGCUUCAAGCAGCACACAUUUGUCUUUCUGAGAUUCAACAUUCACAAUCACUCCGUCAAAUUUUGUCAUGUGCAUUAGCUUUGAUCAAUGCUUUAAACGCUUCUAGACUUUGUUCGUCUGAAGAAUGCAACCAGCCAAACCUUAAAACAUCUCAAAGUUUCCUGUCACGAAAACCACUUGUAGGUUUUGAAGUUAGAAAUUUAGUCCGCCUGGCUGACACACACGACGCAACUAAUCAACGAAAUUUAAUUCACUACUUAGUAGAACUUAUGGAACUCAAUUUUACUAAGAAAGCUGACAUAUGGGCAGAUGAAAUCCCUACACUGGAUAGAGCACAUAGUUUGUACUGUGCCAAAUCGAUUGUAGAGAUGGUAGUUGAAAUGAAACGUGAUAUCGCUCGUUUGCAAAUAGAUAUGCAUGGAGUCGUUGAAGUUACAAACUCGAUCAGUUCAGGAUGCAUACUUCGGUCAUCCUCAGAUCCCACAGAUGAUGCACUCAAAGCCAAUUUGUCUUUCGGUACAGUGAUGGGGAAGUUUCUACCUCACGCAAUAGCCGAGGUCAAGUUAGUGGAGGAAUUAUAUAAAGCUUUCACUGACCAAUAUAAUGAGGUUGCUAACUAUCUUAUUCUGGACCAAACAAAAUAUACAGCUGAUGAACUUUUCAAUGAUUUAAAAUAUUUCAAGAACUUUAUCGGAAGGCCUUCAGCACACUUCAACAAAGCUGUGUGA